GGGCGAGCGAGCGAGCUAGGAGCCGCAGCGGCCGGCCGGCCCGCGAGUGCAGGAGCGGACCACGGCGGCCCCGCCUCGCCCUCCGCCCCGGCCCCGAGGAGCCCCCGGCGCGGGCGGCCGGCCAGGGACGCCCCGUCCCGAGCAGAGCCGCACCUCGAGCCCCCGCGGCCACCCCGAGGGCCUGGGCUCGCGCGGGCGCACGCAGGAGAGCCGAGCCGGGACACCCCGACUUUCUGAGCUCGGCGCUCGGGGCUGGUAGAACAAAGUGCGGGACGGAACCCGAGGUGGGGCGCUGGACCCCGAGAGCCGCCUUGCGUCGGAAUAACCCGCUGUGUCCUCUGUCACCAUGAGGAACAUCUUCAAGAAGACCCAGGAGCCCGUUGUGGCUCCUGCUGCCACUGCCGCCACUGCUGCCACCACCACCACCACCACCACCAUGCCAGUCGGGCCUGCAGAUAACUCCACCGAGAGCGGGGGGCCCGGGGAGAGCAAGGAGGACAUGUUCGCCAAGCUGAAGGACAAAUUCUUCAACGAGAUCAACAAGAUCCCCCUGCCGCCCUGGGCGCUGAUCGCCAUCGCGGUGGUGGCCGGUCUCCUCAUCCUCACCUGCUGCUUCUGCAUCUGCAAGAAAUGCUGCUGCAAGAAGAAGAAGAACAAGAAGGAGAAGGGCAAAGGCAUGAAGAACGCCAUGAACAUGAAGGAUAUGAAGGGCGGCCAGGAUGACGACGAUGCGGAGACGGGCCUGACGGAGGGCGAGGGCGAGGGCGAGGGCGAGGAGGAGCCCGAGAACCUGGGCAAGCUGCAGUUCUCUCUGGACUACGACUUCCAGGCCAACCAGCUGACCGUGGGGGUGCUGCAGGCCGCGGAGCUGCCGGCCCUGGACAUGGGAGGCACCUCGGACCCUUACGUCAAAGUCUUCCUCCUUCCAGACAAGAAGAAGAAAUACGAGACGAAAGUGCACCGGAAGACGCUGAACCCCGCCUUCAACGAGACCUUCACCUUCAAGGUGCCCUACCAGGAGCUGGGGGGCAAGACCCUGGUGAUGGCCAUCUACGACUUCGACCGCUUCUCCAAGCAUGACAUCAUUGGGGAGGUGAAGGUGCCCAUGAACACGGUGGACCUGGGCCAGCCCAUCGAGGAGUGGCGGGACCUGCAGGGCGGCGAGAAGGAGGAGCCAGAGAAACUGGGCGACAUCUGCACUUCGCUGCGCUACGUGCCCACGGCCGGAAAGCUCACGGUCUGCAUCCUGGAAGCCAAGAACCUGAAGAAGAUGGACGUGGGCGGCCUCUCGGACCCCUACGUGAAGAUCCACCUGAUGCAGAACGGCAAGAGGCUCAAGAAGAAGAAGACGACGGUGAAGAAGAAGACGCUGAACCCCUACUUCAAUGAGUCCUUCAGCUUCGAGAUCCCCUUCGAGCAGAUCCAGAAAGUCCAGGUCGUGGUCACCGUGCUGGACUACGACAAGCUGGGCAAGAACGAGGCCAUCGGCAAGAUCUUCGUGGGCAGCAACGCCACGGGCACGGAGCUGCGGCACUGGUCCGACAUGCUGGCCAACCCCCGGAGGCCCAUCGCGCAGUGGCACUCCCUCAAGCCCGAGGAGGAGGUGGACGCGCUGCUGGGCAAGAACAAGUAGGCAGGAGUGGCCGGGACGCCUCGGACACUGGCAGAUGCAGAGCGACCGAUACCUCAGUUCCGCAACCUCCAGGUCUUCUUCCUCCCCUCCGUUUGUGGUGGUGUCCUCGGUUUCUUCCCUUCCCCUUUCCCUCUGGAAAGACCCACUUCCUUCUGAGGGCUGUGUCGGAGAGUCCCCCCCCCGAGGUUCCAGAGA